UUCUAUUUAGUAUUGUUUUCAACGUUGAAAUGAACGAAUUUGAGUGCCGCGCAUUGUCGCCAUCGGCCGAGCAUGGAAAUGAAUUGCGAUCGUUGUCGCGAGUUGCGGGUGUCAAUAUCAAGUUUGUGGAUCUAACGCAUUUUGCCCGAAAUGAAGAUCGAACUCAGAAACAAAUUUUAAAUGGUUUAAGUGGUGAAUUUCGGGCCGGUGAAUUGUCAGCCAUUAUUGGACCAUCUGGAUCUGGAAAAACUACACUCAUCAAUCUGUUGGCAAGUUACAGAAUCAAACCUAAAACGGACAACAUAUUCAUCAAUGAUAGGCCACUGGAUCGGGGGAAGUUUCGAAAAAUUUCCCGUUAUGUGUUGCAAGAAGAUUACCUUUGUCCUCAUUUCACGAUUGCCGAAACAAUGAUGAUGGCUUCGAAAUUUAAACUGAAUCCCCAGUGCAGUCCUGAGCAACGGUCUGCCACAAUUACAACUCUCUUGCAGUUUUUCAACCUACAGGACCAAGCGAACACAAGGAUACAAAAUAUAUCGGGCGGGGAAUUGAAGCGUGUGUGCAUUGCAGUGGAGUUGAUCAAUAAACCGGUGGUUAUAUUUCUCGAUGAACCAACAACAGGUUUAGAUGAGUCCACAGCCUAUCAGUGUCUGUUGCAGUUGAAACAAUUAUCCCAGAAUGGUCACACUGUCAUCUGUACCCUACAUUCACCCUCAAGUCGACUGUUACAAUUAAUUGACAAUCUUUACACCAUGGCCGAAGGCCAAUGUGUCUAUCAGGGUGCUGUUCAAGACGUUGUCCAGUAUUUGGAAUUAUUUGGUCUCAAGUGUCCGAUUAGCUAUAAUCCAGCUGAUUUUCUUAUUGAAGCCACUACCAAUGCCUAUGGCAAUAUUCACGAUAACAUGGUCAGAGCUAUGGAAAAUGGUAAAGUACUCAAAUGGCGCCCAAUGCCAGAGAAAAAUUUACAAAAUGCUCCGGCACCAAGUAGUGUCAUUAGACUUACAUUACCGGCGAAUAAUCUGGAUUUGGUAUGUGAUAUUGAAUUGAAAGAAGAUUCCACGCAGACUUCUUGGUGGCUACAAUACAAAUGGCUGUUGCAGAGAAUACUUUUACAAACAGUUAGAGAUAAGAUCAACAUUAGCUUAAGAAUAUUUGCUCAUCUAUUCCUAGCAUCAUUGAUUGGUGUAGCGUAUAUUGGCAUUGGUAGGAAUGCUUACUUUGGCAUGUACAACUAUCACUUGAGCAUGCUGACGGUGGUGGUGUGUGUCUUCACAGCCAUGUGUCCGGUGAUAGCAACAACUGGUCCAGAAAUGAAAUAUUUGCAAAGGCAAAUCUAUAAUCAAUGGUACUGCCUGAGUUCAUAUUUUAUGGCCCUGUUAACUUCACACGUAUUGUCGGUUAUAAUCAUGUCCAUAUCGGCUUCAGCAAUUCUUUAUUUCUUCACCGAACAGCCGAUGCAAUUCUUUCGUUUUGCCUUAUUCACGGGGAUAAUAUUUCUCACGUCAAUGGUUGCCUCAAGUCUGGGUCUGCUGUUUGGAGCCAGACUUAAAUUGCAGCAAGCCUUUUUCAUCGGUCCCGCCUCCAUUGCAGUCUUUAUUAUCUUGGCGAAUUAUGCCACGGAACGUGGCCACAUAAGUACACUGGAAAGAGCCAUAAUGUAUACCAGCUGUUUGCGUCACUCGCUGGAAGGUAUUUUGGCAGCAUUGUUCAAAUUCAAUCGUGCCGAUUUGAUUUGCCCGCCUACGGAAUUUUUCUGUUUAAUGGCCAAGCCGCAAAGUCUGCUCAGAUUGGUGGGAAGUUUAGAUGUGGAUUACAAUCGAUCCGUGCUAUUUCUGUUGGGUUACUAUGUUCUCUUUACGGUGCUAGCAUAUUUCGCCCUUAGAUGGCGCCUAAUGCGUGCCCGAGUAUCACAUCUCCAGGUGAAAUGGUAUGUGGGAAGAUGUUUUUGUUUGAACCGCUGAAUUUUAUGUGUGAUUAUAAGUUUUAUCGAUAAAUGUAUGGUAGCUUUAGGUAUUAUUUUGUAAGAUUUGUAAGGAAAAUAAUAAAAAAAGACGUCAAGGUUUAUU